UUUACUUGCAUUUGGAAAACCAUUUCAUCGCCAUCACCCAGGGAUUAAGGCUGCUUAGGCUGCAUGAGAACAGAGAAGCAAAGAAGGCAGGGACAGCCCUGGGGCUGCGGGUGGAAGGAAGAGGAGGAGGAGAGGAGAAGGAGGAGGAGGAGGAGAGGAGGAGGAGGAGGAAGGCAGCUGCUUGCCAGCCCCCAGAGCCUGCCAAGUGCCGGCCAGUGUGACAGCAUGGCCGGGAGCCGGAGCAAGGCCUCCCUCCGUGUGUGGCUGGUGUGCCCUGCGCUGCUCGGCUGUUUUCUGCUGGGCCUUCUUACAGGAUGGUUUACAAAACUGACUGAGAAAAACCCCAACUCUUCAGAUGUGCAUCAAAAUGUGAGACACAAACUUGUGGCUGAAAUGAAAGCAGAGAACAUCAGGAAAUUUCUUCGUUCAUUUACCAAGUUGCCUCACCUCGCAGGAACUGAACAGAAUCUUCUUCUUGCCAAAAAAAUUCAAGGCCGGUGGAAGGAAUUUGGAUUGGAUUCAGCAGAACUUGUUAAUUAUGAUGUGCUUCUUUCAUACCCAAAUGAAGACCAGCCAAACUACAUUUCACUAAUUGAUGAUCAAGGGAAUGAGGUUUUCAAUACAUCAUUGUUUGAACCACCUCCACAGGGGUAUGAAAAUGUUACUGAUAUACUACCACCAUAUAAUGCUUUUUCAGCACAAGGAGUGCCAGAGGCAGAUCUGGUGUAUGUGAAUUAUGGCCGUACAGAAGAUUUUUUUAAGCUGGAGCGUGAAAUGGGAAUUAACUGUACAGGAAAGAUUGUCAUUGCGAGAUAUGGGAAGAUCUUCAGAGGAAACAAAGUUAAAAAUGCCAUAUUGGCAGGAGCCCAAGGGAUCAUACUUUACUCAGACCCCGCUGACUACUGUGCACCUGGAGUAGAUCCUUAUCCAAAUGGAUGGAACCUGCCAGGUGGAGGAGUCCAGCGUGGGAAUGUUUUAAAUCUGAAUGGAGCAGGAGAUCCUCUAACACCAGGUUAUCCUGCAAAAGAGUACACUUUCAGGUACAAGGUUAAUGAAGGUGUAGGGAUUCCCAAAAUCCCAGUCCAUCCUAUUGGAUAUCAUGAUGCAGAAGUGUUACUGCGUGCAAUGGGAGGACCUGCAGCUCCAGACAGCAGCUGGAGAGGAAGUCUCAAUGUGCCUUAUAAUAUAGGGCCAGGAUUCACAGGCAACUCUUCCGCAAGAAAAGUCAGAAUGCAUGUUCAUACAAGCAAUAAAAUCACACGAAUUUACAACGUUGUUGGCAUCCUCAGAGGAGCUCUGGAACCGGACAGAUAUAUUAUUUUAGGUGGUCAUAGAGACUCUUGGGUGUUUGGUGGUAUUGAUCCAACCACUGGUGCUGCAGUUCUGCAAGAAAUUGUACGGAGUUUUGGUAAAAUGAAGAUGGAAGGUUGGAGACCUAGACGAACUAUUAUUUUUGCUAGCUGGGAUGCAGAAGAAUUUGGAUUAUUGGGUUCCACAGAGUGGGCUGAGGAAAAUGCCAAAGUCCUUCAGGAACGGGCAGUCGCUUACAUCAACGCAGAUUCUUCUAUAGAAGGUAACUACACAUUAAGAGUUGACUGUACCCCUCUUCUCUACAAACUGGUGUAUAAUCUGACAAAAGAGAUUUUAAGCCCUGAUGAGGGUUAUGAAAAUAAAUCUCUUUAUGAGAGCUGGCUGGAGAAAGAUCCCUCAUCUGAAAAUAAUAACUUUCCCAGAAUAAAUAAACUGGGGUCAGGCAGUGAUUUUGAAGCUUACUUCCAGCGACUGGGAAUUGCAUCAGGCAGAGCUCGUUACACCAAGAACAAGAAAGCAGACAAAUUCAGCAAUUAUCCUGUUUAUCACACUGUGUAUGAGACAUUUGAGCUAGUGGAAAAAUUUUAUGACCCCACCUUCAAGAAACAGCUAACAAUUGCCCAGUUACGAGGAAAACUGGUUUAUGACCUAGCAGAUUCCCAGGUCAUUCCAUUUGACUCUAGAGACUAUGGAGAAGCCUUAAAAGGAUACAGCAACAGAAUUUAUAAAUUAGCCAAGAAGCAUGAGGAACAGCUGAAACUUUACAAAGUAUCAUUUGAUCCACUUUUUUCUGCUGUGGUGAACUUCUCAAAGGCUGCUUCUGAAUUUCACGGGAGACUUGAACAAGUUGACAAGAAAGAUUCGGUUGCAGUGCGCAUCAUGAAUGAUCAGCUGAUGUUGGUAGAAAGAGCUUUCACUGAUCCUCUGGGCUUGCCAGGGAGGAAGUUUUACAGACAUGUUAUCUUUGCUCCAAGCAGCCACAACAAAUACGCAGGAGAAUCCUUCCCAGGAAUCUAUGAUGCCAUGUUUGAUAUUGAAAGCAAAGCUGAUCAACAUGAAGCCUGGGAAGAAGUGAAGAGGCAGAUUUCCAUUGCAGCCUUCACUGUGCAGGCAGCAGCAGACACACUGAAGGAAGUAGCAUAGGAUGAGGGCUUUGAAAACUCCCACAGCAGAGUGUGGCACACAGAGCUGUCAGGCUGCUGCAGUGUCCCAGUGUCCCUGUCUGCCCUGCCUGAGUCUCCAGCCUCCCAAACCACAUGGCAGGUGAGCAGAGCUCUGUGUGCCAGAGAGCUCCUGUGCUCGGAAUUGCUGCAUCUCUGCUAGUGACAGAAUGGUAGCUUCAUGAACAACCCUGGGUAGAAGGAAAUUUGGCUUUGGGGAGAAGUGGGAAGAGGGAGAAGCAGGAACAAUCAGUUUCUGAUUAGAAUUUUCUGAGAGAUCUACCAGCAUUGAGGACCCAAUAUUUUGGAUGUAUAGUUAUGAAAACAAUUAUUUGCCAAGCUACCUGAAAAUUUUGUCCACAGCAGUGAUCGACAUCACACAUUUUGAUGAAAAAAAUGCAAUACUCACCCUGUACAUUUUUCUUGUUCUGAUAAUUACUUUUAUAACAGAAGACACCAAAGCUAUCUCUGCCUUUCAGAAUCUAUUCUGCAGGACUGGUGAAUGCUCUUUACACUGAUUUGCUUUCUUUUCCUCGAAAAAAAUAAGCGACUCUCCUACUGGUUGCCAAAGCAGUACUGGCCAUUCUUGAUAAUCAAGGAAAGCAUCUGCUUAUGUGCAGAAAUUCAAAAGCAUGCUUUCAGUGGACUGCACAUCCAUCCCUCUGAAAGUCUCCAUGCAUCUCCCUCCUUUGAAAAAGUGCAAAUCUCUCUCCCUGCUCUUUUUGGCACCUUCUCUAGUUCUGAACCCAUGGCAGCUUUUGUUCCUAUUUUCUCCCAGGCAAUCUCUUUCAUAUUUUUUCAUCUGAAGGAGCUGGAGGACACUUACUAUCAGCAUGGAGCUUGAGAUAAUUCUGUCUUCAAGUAAGACCUGAACGACAUUUCCCAGUAGGAGCUGAUUUUACAUUCAAAGAGGAACUGAAAUGCUUGAAAAGGCCAGUUGUGCAAAACUGUUUAGUUUGUAUAAAAAGAAAAAAAAAAUUAAAAUUUCUUGCUUCAUUUGCCCUUAGGUGUAAUUCUCAUCUAUAUGCUUUAAAACUAAUAAAAUUGCUAGAAUUUUACUGAAUCAUAUUCCAGCUUGUGGAAACUGACAUUAGCCAAUUUCAUCUCUUAUGUAAAAUAUACUACACUUUUUCUCACUACCAUAAAUUGCACCACGUUGUAGGAAUAAAAUCUUAGUUUUAUGGGGAAUAGAACAGAUGUGGCCCUAAAAAGGAGAGAAUUAGAAAAGCAGGACAGAGUUGCUGUUCUCAUCUCAGAUGCCUUGAAUUCAAACACAGGAACCAGAAAUAAUUUGUGGGAAGCUGUUUUGGGGGAUAUAUGCCAGCAAGAAGAGAGGCUUUCACUGGUAUUGCCUCCAAUACACUUCCAUGAAAGAUGAAGGAUUAUGUGCUUCUUGUGGAUGUUUUUCUCAUACCUUACUGCUCAAUUGCUUUUUGCAGAUCAAACCUUAGGCACAUGAGGAAAUUACACUUCUACAGUCCAUGCUUUACCUCUUCUGUUGGGAAAUGGAGUGCAAAACUGACCUUGCUAGCACACACAUAAGAGACAGGAGUAGCUGAUGCUGGGGCACAGAACAGGUGAUUCUUUCCCUCUGCUCUGGCAAGGCUCCACCUGGAGUGCUGCUUCCAGCCCUGAGGCCCCAGCAUAACAGCUGUGUGGGCCUUGUUGGAGCAAGUCCAGAGGAAGCUAUGAAGAUGAUCAAAGGGCUGGAGAAUCUCUCUCAUGAGCACAAGACUGAGAUGGCUACAGUUGUUCAGCCUAGGAAAGAGCAGGCUCUGGAAAGACAUUAUUUACAGCCUUUGAGUAGCUAAAGAAGGCUGAAGAGGGAUUAUUUACAGGUGUGUAGUGAUAGGAUAAGGGGGGAUGGCUUCAAACUGGAAGAAGGAGGGUUUAGAGUAGAAGAAAUUCUUUACUGUGAGGGUGAUGAGGCACUGGGACAGGUUGCCCAAAGAAGUUGAUGCCCCAUCCCUGGAGGUGUUCAAGACCAGGCUGGAAGGAGCUCUGAGCAACCUGAGGUCUAGUGGAAGACAUCCCUGCCCAUGGCUGGAACUAGAGGAUAUUUAGGGUCCCUUCCAACCUAAACCAUUCUAUGAUCCUAUGAACAGUGGAUACAUUUUUGUUGUUCUCUUUACUUUUACCUAACUAACUCACAGUUUUCAUCUCAUCUGUGGCUGAACUUAGUGCUUACGAAUUUCUUGCUAAGAUGUGACUGGUACAUAACUGCACUGGGUUUUUCUUCCCUUUCUCUGAAUCUUGUGCCAUUCCUGCUCCAUCAUAACUUUACAUUAACUGCACUGGGCAUUACUGAAUGUGCCACCAAGGGAGUUUUAGGAUAUCUAGAUGGUGGGAAAAAGCCAUGAGUGCCUGUUCCUCAUGAGCAGCAGCCAACUUUGGAUCUGCCAGUGGUUGCUGCUGAAGGAUCAUCAGAGUAUAAGGCAAACAAGGAGCUUCCACAUUGUAAGGAAAUAUUUGUUGAAAUUUUCUUCUUCCUUCGUUUACAGAAAUGUAUAAACCAAUGAACAAAUGUUUCACCAGUAAAUUCGACUCUUUCAGUGGCAGGUAGCCUUAGAGGUUCUGUACUAUUACCUUACUGCUGCAAAAGAGCACACAAUCUCUCCUUGCUUCCCUGUGCAGUUUGAAG